AUGACAUCCUUCGUGGGAAACAAUAGAUCUACCAUCCCCAGAAAUCCCGCCACGAAGAAAGACCUUCAGCCUUCGAAACUCAUCACCUUCCAAGCAACGUUCAUCAAGAACGAUAAGGAAAAAGUUAACAUGACCCAGGCCUCGCAAGCUAUAAUCUUCGAGAAAUUACCUUUGAUUCGGGUACUAUUUGACUCAAAACUUAAUGGGACGUUGAAAGACGACAACGAUCAAAUUUGUUACGAUCCAGAGCAUGCAAGAACGGAAAGGCUCGCAUUCCCUAGAAUCCCGGGAAAAACGGUCUACAUGUACAAUUUAAUCCAGUCGAACCUCAAAAAUAAAGGACGGGAAUACGAACAUAUUGCAAAAUGGAACAUUGGAACUCUUUGGACGAUAAUUGAUUGCCUUGUACGCUUCUUGAAUGGAAAACCUUUGCCUCCUGAUUCCAAGAUGGGUCUUAUGGAAAAACAUUGGGAUCUCGAAUUAAUAGGUGUUGAAAUACUGGCAAUAUACCUUGGAUGUACUGAGAUAAAAGAAAAAGCUGUGCACGACGCGUUGAUUUCAUACAUGCGCCGGCUUCCUACCUCUGGAUUCAUAAACUCUAGCAGCAAAUUGGAGAAAACAUCCAAAACAACGACCCAUGCGAAAAUGUUCAAUAGGAGCAACUCCAGACAAGCUGAGAUCAUUGACUUGACCGAAGAAAAUCAAAUUGGUGCGCCUAAGACUCUGAAGGAGAAACAAUCAUCAGCACCCAAAUCACAGAAGUCAAAUUUAGGCCAAUUGUCUUCCGGUCCAAAGAUCUUGGAGAUGGAACCUCCACCAGUUUCUACAUCAAAAAAUUCUGUUCGAGCAGGCCAGUCAAAAUUCGAUUCACGAAAUUCAAAGACUGGGGAUCCAGCUCCUACUCUGCACAGAUCGAAAAGCUCAAUGCAAUCGAACCAAAUCUCACAGGGACAAAAGAAGGCAACGCGACCAUCUCCAACUCAACAAAAGUCGAACAAAGAAUCUCAUCAAAUCAUCACCACCCAGCCUUCAAUCGAAAUAACUCGCUCAAACUUCCACCGUCGGAGCCCUCGAUCUAUACCGAUCGACGCUUAUAUUAGUCUCAACGAAACAUAUGGUUUUUUUCUUCAUGUGCACAUAGAUUCAGCAAUGAAAGGCUCAGGACUGAUUGGCCGACUUCUACAGGACUUGAAUAUGGGACUCUUUAAUACUGGAGACAUGUCGAAAGUUGUUGGCAAGGGUCGUAAUGGGAAAUCUAUGUUGAUUUGGGAUGAAGUAUUGGAAUACUUUAGCGUGCCUGGAAAUGUGGUGGAAUAUAUGCUGUCAUGGAGUGAAGAUGAUCGCUGGGCACCAAUGGUGAUGUUCAUUGAGCGGUCUCAACUGGAUCGUGCUUUGUGGCAAGAUUGGGAUGAGCGAGAUUUAGCUCUCUCCCACUAUUUCGAUAUGUUUGUGAAGGCUAGUCCUGCGGCAAAAGAUGUCUAG